CGCGCGCGGUGGGGGUGUGAGGAGGAGGAGGCGGCGGCGGAAUAGGCCGGGGCAGGUCGCGCUCGCUGCCUUCUCCCCUGAAGAGAGACGCGGGGGGAGGGGGGUGCGGCGAGCGGCUCCGCUCUCUCCCCAAGGCUCCGCUCGCGCCCCAGUGUAAUGAGGGUCACCCCCUCCCCCCAGCCGGCCCGGGAGGGGGCGCGGGGCACGGUUGAUGCUGGCCCAGGAUGGAUCAGACCUGUGAAGUAUCUAGAAGAAAUUGUCUGCUGCCCUUUUCCAAUCCAGUGAAUUUAGAUGCCCCUGAAGACAAGGACAGCCCUUUCGGUAAUGGUCAAUCCAAUUUUUCUGAGCCACUUAAUGGGUGUACUAUGCAGUUACCGACUGCCAGUGGAACAUCCCAAAAUGCUUAUGGACAAGAUUCUCCAUCUUGUUACAUUCCACUGCGGAGACUACAGGAUUUGGCCUCCAUGAUCAAUGUAGAGUAUUUAAAUGGGUCUGCUGAUGGAUCAGAAUCCUUUCAAGACCCUGAAAAAAGUGAUUCAAGAGCUCAGUCGCCAGUUGUUUGCACUUCUUUGAGUCCUGGUGGUCCAACAGCACUUGCUAUGAAACAGGAACCCUCUUGUAAUAACUCCCCUGAACUCCAGGUAAAAGUAACAAAGACUAUCAAGAAUGGCUUUCUGCACUUUGAGAAUUUUACUUGUGUGGACGAUGCAGAUGUAGAUUCUGAAAUGGACCCAGAACAGCCAGUCACAGAGGAUGAGAGUAUAGAGGAGAUCUUUGAGGAAACUCAGACCAAUGCCACCUGCAAUUAUGAGCCUAAAUCAGAGAAUGGUGUAGACGUGGCCAUGGGAAAUGAACAAGACAGCACACCAGAGAGUAGACACGGUGCAGUCAAAUCGCCAUUCUUGCCAUUAGCUCCUCAAACUGAAACACAGAAAAAUAAGCAAAGAAAUGAAGUGGACGGCAGCAAUGAAAAAGCAGCCCUUCUCCCAGCCCCCUUUUCACUAGGAGAUACAAACGUUACCAUAGAAGAGCAAUUAAACUCAAUAAAUUUAUCUUUUCAGGAUGAUCCAGACUCCAGUACCAGUACAUUAGGAAACAUGCUAGAAUUACCUGGAACUUCAUCAUCAUCUACUUCACAGGAAUUGCCAUUUUGUCAACCCAAGAAAAAGUCUACGCCACUGAAGUAUGAAGUUGGAGAUCUCAUCUGGGCAAAAUUCAAGAGACGCCCAUGGUGGCCCUGCAGGAUUUGUUCUGAUCCGUUGAUUAACACACAUUCAAAAAUGAAAGUUUCAAACCGGAGGCCCUAUCGACAGUACUACGUGGAGGCUUUUGGGGACCCUUCAGAGAGAGCCUGGGUGGCUGGAAAAGCAAUCGUCAUGUUCGAAGGCAGACAUCAAUUUGAAGAGCUACCUGUUCUUAGGAGAAGAGGGAAGCAAAAAGAAAAAGGAUAUAGGCACAAGGUUCCUCAGAAAAUUUUGAGUAAAUGGGAAGCCAGUGUUGGUCUUGCUGAACAGUAUGAUGUUCCCAAAGGGUCGAAGAACCGAAGAUGUGUCACCAGUUCAAUCAAGUUGGACAGUGAGGAGGAUAUGCCAUUUGAGGACUGUACAAAUGAUCCUGAAUCAGAACAUGACCUGUUACUUAAUGGCUGCUUGAAAUCUCUGGCUUUUGACUCUGAACAUUCUGCAGAUGAGAAGGAAAAGCCUUGUGCUAAGUCUCGAGCCAGAAAGAGUUCUGAUAAUCCAAAAAGGACUAGUAUGAAAAAGGGCCACAUGCAAUUUGAAGCACAUAAGGAAGAACGAAGGGGAAAGAUUCCAGAGAACCUUGGCCUAAACUUUAUUUCUGGGGAUGUAUCUGAUAAGCAGGCCUCUAAUGAACUUUCCAGGAUAGCAAACAGCCUCACGGGGUCCAACACUGCCCCAGGAAGUUUCCUGUUUUCUUCUUGUGCGAAAAACACAGCAAAGAAAGAAUUUGAGACUUCAAAUUGUGACUCUUUACUGGGCUUGUCUGAGGGUGCCUUGAUCUCUAAACGUUCUGGGGAGAAGAAGAAACUCCAACGAGGUUUGGUGUGUAGUUCAAAAGUGCAGCUCUGUUACAUUGGAACAGGUGAUGAAGAAAAGCGGAGUGAUUCCAUUAGUAUCUGUACCACUUCUGAUGAUGGGAGCAGUGAUCUGGAUCCCAUAGAUCACAGUUCAGAGUCUGAUAACAGUGUCCUUGAAAUUACAGAUGCUUUUGAUAGAACAGAGAAUAUGUUAUCUGUGCAGAAAAAUGAAAAGGUAAAGUAUACUAGGUAUCCUGCCACAAACACUAAGGUAAAAGCAAAGCAGAAGUCCCUCAUUACUAACUCACAUACAGACCACCUAAUGGAUUGUACUAAGACAGUAGAGCCUGGAACUGAGACAUCUCAGGUUAAUCUCUCUGAUCUUAAAGUAUCUACUGUUGUCCGCAAACCCCAAUCGGAUUUUAGAAAUGAUGGUUUCUCUACAAAAUUCAACACACCAUCAAGCAUUUCCAGUGAGAACUCACUAAUAAAAGGUGGGGCUACAAAUCAAGCUCUAUUACAUUCAAAAAGCAAACAGCCCAAGAUCCGAAGUAUAAAGUGCAAACAUAAAGAAAAUCCAGUUGUAGUGGAACCUCCAGUUAUAAAUGAGGACUGCAGUUUGAAAUGCUGUUCUUCUGAUACCAAAGGCUCUCCUUUGGCCAGCAUUUCCAAAAGUGGGAAAGUGGAUGGGCUAAAACUACUGAGCAACAUGCAUGAGAAAACCAGGGAUUCAAAUGACAUAGAAACAGCAGUGGUGAAACAUGUUCUGUCAGAGUUGAAGGAACUCUCUUAUAGAUCCUUAAGUGAAGAUAUGAGUGACUCUGGAACAUCAAAGCCAUCAAAACCAUUACUUUUUUCUCCUGCCUCUGGUCAGAAUCAUAUACCUAUUGAACCAGACUACAAAUUCAGUACAUUGUUAAUGAUGUUAAAAGAUAUGCAUGAUAGUAAGACCAAGGAGCAACGGUUAAUGACUGCUCAGAACUUGGUCUCUUAUCGGAGUCCUAGUCUUGGGGACUGUUCUACAAGUAGUCCUGUAGGUGCAUCUAAGGUCUUGGUUUCAGGAAGCUCCACUCACAGUUCAGAAAAAAACGGAGAUGGCACUCAGAACCCAGUCCGUCCUAGCUCUAGUGGGGGUGACUCUGCAGUGUCUGGAGAGUUGUCUGUAUCUGUACCUGGCCUAGUGUCUGACAGAAGAGACAUCCCUGCUUCUGGUAAAAGUCGUUCAAACUGUGUUACUAGGCGCAACUGUGGGCGAUCAAAACCAUCAUCUAAAUUGCGAGAUAGUUUUUCAGCCCAGUUGGGAAAGAACACAUUGAACCGUAAAGCCUUAAAGACAGAGCGCAAAAGAAAACUCAACCGACUUCCAGCUGUAACUCUUGAGGCCGCACUGCAGGGAGACAGAGCCAGUGGAGGUUCAGAGCAUGGUUCCUCAAGAGGUGGGCUAGAAGACCCUGGUAAAGAGGAAGCCCUUCAGUUAAUGGGCCAUUUAACAAGUGAAGACAGUGCCCAUUUUUCCAGUAUUCAUUUUGAUAACAAAGUCAACCAGUCUGACUCUGAUAAAAUUCCUGAGAAAGUCCCCUCUUUUGAAAACAGAAAAGGCCCAGAGGUGGAUACUGAAAUGAACAGUGAGAAUGAUGAACCCAGUGGUGUAAAUCAAGUGGUGCCUAAAAAGCGGUGGCAGCGUUUAAACCAAAGGCGCACUAAACCUCGGAAGCGCACUAACAGAUUUAGGGAGAAAGAAAACUCUGAGGGUGCCUUUGGGGUUUUGCUUCCAGCUGACCCCAUAAAGAAGGGGGAUGAGUUCCCAGAGCAUAGACCCCCUACUUCAACAAACAUACUAGAGGAUACACUGGCAGAUCCCAAUCAUUCCAGCCGCUUAGAUUCAGUUGGACCACGGUUGAAUGUUUGUGAUAAAUCCAGUGCCAGCAUUGAAGAGAUGGAAAAAGAGCCGGGAAUUCCCAGUUUGACACCCCAGCCUGAGCUCCCUGAACCAGCUGUGCGGUCAGAGAAGAAACGCCUUAGGAAGCCAAGCAAGUGGCUUCUGGAAUAUACAGAAGAAUAUGAUCAGAUAUUUGCUCCUAAGAAAAAACAAAAGAAGGUGCAGGAACAGGUGCACAAGGUAAGUUCCCGCUGUGAAGAGGAAAGCCUUUUAGCCCGAUGUCGAUCUAGUGCUCAGAACAAGCAGGUGGAUGAGAAUUCUUUGAUUUCAACCAAAGAAGAGCCUCCAGUUCUUGAAAGGGAGGCUCCAUUUUUGGAAGGGCCCUUGGCUCAGUCAGAACUUGGAGGUGGACAUGCUGAGUUGCCACAGCUGACCUUGUCUGUGCCUGUGGCUCCGGAAGUCUCUCCACGGCCUGCCCUUGAGUCUGAGGAAUUGCUAGUUAAAACACCAGGAAAUUAUGAAAGUAAACGUCAGAGAAAACCAACUAAGAAACUUCUUGAAUCCAAUGAUUUAGACCCUGGAUUUAUGCCCAAGAAGGGGGACCUUGGCCUUUCUAAAAAGUGUUAUGAAGCUGGUCACUUGGAGAAUGACAUUAAUGAAUCACGUGCUGCAUCUCAUUCUAAAGAGUAUGGUGGAGGCACUACCAAGAUAUUUGAUAAACCAAGGAAGCGAAAACGACAGAGGCAUGCUACAGCCAAGGUGCACUGUAAAAAAAUGAAAAAUGACGACUCAUCAAAAGAAACUCCAACCUCAGAGGGAGAACUGAUGACACACAGAACGGCUGCAAGCCCUAAGGAGACUGUUGAGGAGGGUGUAGAGAAUGAUCAUGGGAUGCCGGCAUCUAAAAAGCUGCAGGGCGAACGAGGCGGAGGAGCUGCACUCAAGGAGAAUGUUUGUCAGAACUGUGAGAAACUGGGUGAGCUGCUGUUAUGUGAGGCUCAGUGCUGUGGGGCUUUCCACCUGGAGUGCCUUGGAUUAACUGAGAUGCCAAGAGGAAAAUUUAUCUGCAAUGAAUGUCGCACAGGAAUCCAUACCUGUUUUGUUUGUAAGCAGAGUGGAGAAGAUGUUAAAAGGUGCCUUUUGCCCUUGUGUGGAAAGUUUUACCAUGAAGAAUGUGUCCAGAAGUAUCCACCCACUGUCAUGCAGAACAAGGGCUUCCGGUGCUCCCUCCACAUCUGUAUAACCUGCCAUGCUGCUAAUCCAGCCAGUGUGUCUGCAUCUAAAGGUCGUCUGAUGCGCUGUGUCCGCUGCCCUGUGGCGUACCAUGCCAAUGACUUUUGCCUGGCUGCUGGGUCCAAGAUUCUUGCAUCUAAUAGUAUCAUCUGCCCUAAUCACUUUACACCUAGGCGGGGCUGCCGAAAUCAUGAGCACGUUAAUGUUAGCUGGUGUUUUGUAUGCUCAGAAGGAGGCAGCCUUCUGUGCUGUGAUUCUUGCCCUGCUGCUUUUCAUCGUGAAUGCCUGAACAUUGAUAUCCCUGAAGGAAACUGGUAUUGCAAUGAUUGUAAGGCAGGCAAAAAGCCACAUUACAGGGAAAUUGUCUGGGUAAAAGUUGGACGAUACAGGUGGUGGCCAGCUGAGAUCUGCCAUCCUCGAGCGGUACCUUCCAAUAUCGAUAAGAUGAGACAUGAUGUGGGCGAGUUCCCUGUACUCUUCUUUGGGUCUAAUGACUAUCUGUGGACACAUCAGGCCCGAGUCUUUCCCUAUAUGGAGGGGGAUGUGAGCAGCAAGGAUAAGAUGGGCAAAGGCGUGGAUGGGACAUAUAAAAAAGCUCUUCAGGAAGCUGCAGCAAGGUUUGAGGAGUUAAAGGCCCAAAAAGAGCUAAGACAGCUGCAGGAAGACCGAAAGAAUGACAAGAAGCCGCCGCCUUACAAACAUAUAAAGGUGAACCGUCCUAUUGGCAGGGUACAGAUCUUCACUGCAGAUUUGUCCGAAAUUCCCCGUUGCAACUGUAAAGCUACUGAUGAUAACCCCUGUGGGAUCGACUCUGAGUGCAUCAAUCGCAUGCUGCUCUAUGAGUGCCACCCCACAGUAUGUCCUGCCGGAGGACGCUGCCAAAACCAGUGCUUCACUAAGCGCCAGUAUCCAGAGGUUGAAAUUUUCCGAACAUUACAGAGGGGCUGGGGUCUCAGGACAAAAACAGAUAUUAAAAAGGGUGAAUUUGUGAAUGAGUAUGUGGGUGAGUUAAUAGAUGAAGAAGAGUGCAGAGCUCGAAUCCGUUAUGCCCAAGAACAUGAUAUCACUAAUUUCUAUAUGCUUACUCUAGACAAAGACCGGAUCAUUGAUGCUGGUCCUAAAGGAAACUAUGCUCGGUUCAUGAAUCAUUGCUGCCAGCCCAACUGUGAGACACAGAAAUGGUCUGUGAAUGGAGAUACUCGUGUUGGCCUUUUUGCCCUGAGUGACAUUAAAGCAGGCACUGAACUUACCUUCAACUACAACCUAGAAUGUCUUGGGAAUGGAAAGACUGUUUGCAAAUGUGGAGCCCCAAACUGCAGUGGCUUUUUGGGUGUAAGGCCAAAGAAUCAACCCAUUGCCACAGAAGAAAAGUCAAAGAAAUUCAAGAAGAAGCAACAGGGGAAGCGCAGGACCCAGGGUGAAAUCACAAAGGAGAGAGAGGAUGAAUGUUUCAGCUGUGGGGAUGCUGGCCAGCUCGUCUCCUGUAAGAAGCCAGGCUGCCCAAAAGUUUACCACGCUGACUGUCUAAAUCUAACCAAGCGACCAGCAGGGAAAUGGGAGUGUCCUUGGCAUCAGUGUGACAUCUGUGGGAAGGAAGCAGCCUCCUUCUGUGAGAUGUGUCCCAGCUCCUUUUGUAAGCAGCAUCGGGAAGGGAUGCUCUUCAUCUCCAAAUUGGAUGGGCGUUUGUCUUGUACUGAGCAUGACCCCUGUGGGCCCAAUCCUCUGGAACCUGGGGAGAUCCGUGAGUAUGUGCCUCCCCCAGUACCGCUGCCUCCAGGCCCAGGCACUCACCUGGCAGAGCAUUCAUCAGGAGUGGCUGCUCAGGGGCCCAAACUGUUGGAUAAGCUGCCUGCUGACACCAACCAGACACUGUCACUGUCCAAAAAAGCUCUGGCAGGGACUUGUCAGAGGCCACUGCUUCCUGAAAGACCUUCUGACAGAACUGACUCCAGGCCCCAGCCUGUAGAUAGGGUCAGGGACCUUGCUGGGUCGGGGACCAAACCCCAGUCCUUGGUAUCCAGCCAGAAGCCAUUGGACAGGCCACCUGCAGUGGCAGGACCAAGACCCCAACUAUCUGACAAACCCUCUUCAGUGACUGGCGUAAGCUCCUCACCCUCAGUCAGGUCCCAACCACUGGAAAGACCUCUGGGGACAGCUGACCCAAGGCUGGAUAAAUCCAUAGGUGCUGCCAGCCCAAGGCCCCAGUCACUGGAGAAAACCCCAGUCCCUACUGGCCUGAGACUUCCACCGCCAGACAGACUGCUAGUCACCAGCGGUCCCAAGCCCCAGACUUCAGACAGGCCCCCAGACAAAUCCCAUGCUUCUUUGUCCCAGAGACUCCCACCUCCUGACAAAGUACUAUCAGCUGUGGUCCAGACCCUGGUAGCUAAAGAAAAAGCACUGAGGCCCGUGGACCAGAAUACUCAGUCAAAAAAUAGAGCUGCUUUGGUGAUGGAUCUCAUAGACCUAACUCCUCACCAGAAAGAACGGGCUGCUUCACCUCAUGAGGUCACACCACAGGUUGAUGAGAAGAUGCCAGUGUUGGAGUCAAGCUCGUGGACUGCCAGCAAAGGUCUGGGGCAGAUGCCGCGAGCUGUAGAGAGAGGCAGCGUGUCAGAUCCUGUCCUUCAGCCACUGGGGAAAGCAGCAGUCCCUUCGGAGCACUCCUGGCAAGCAGUUAAAUCACUCACCCAGGCCAGACUUCUCUCUCAGCCCCCUGCCAAGGCUUUUUUAUAUGAGCCAACAACUCAGGCCUCAGGAAGAGCACCUGCAGGGCUGGAGCAGACACCAGGGCUUCCCAGCCAAGCACCAGGCCUGGUGAAGCAGGUGAAGCAGAUGGCCGGAGGCCAGCAACUACCUGGACUUGCUGCCAAGAGUGGGCAGUCCUUCAGGCCUCUUGGGAAGGCCCCAUCCUCCCUCUGUACUGAAGAGAAGAAGUUGGCAACUGCAGAGCAGAGUCCCUGGGCCCUGGGAAAGGCCGCACCAGGGCCAGGACUCUGGCCCAUGGUGGCUGGACAGACAAUACCGCCAUCUUGCUGGUCCUCUGGGAGCACACAGACAUUGGCACAGACUUGCUGGUCUCUUGGAAGAGGGCAAGACCCUAAACCAGAGCAAAAUACACUUCCAGCUCUUAACCAGGCUCCUUCCAGUCACAAAUGUGCAGAGUCAGAACAGAAGUAAUAUGAGUAAAUGUCACAUGACCAGACCAGCUGCCCCCAGGGUUCUUGGGGAAGGGAAAUCUUCUUUCUUUUCCCCUCUUAAAAAACAGACCCCACCACUUUUCCACUGUUACUCUUUCCUUAUAUCCCAACACUCAGAACUCUUGUGACAUUAGCCAGUGGGGCAUGUGGUUGUGUAAACCAUGUAUGGAAAUCCAAGUGGGCCCCAGCCAAGGAGACAGACAGACUUGGGUCUUUUUCCUCCAACCUUUACACAUGGUAACUUGAAAUAAAAAGUCCACUCUGGAGUCAA